AGAGUAAAGUGUAGUCCGCAGCUGACAAGAAAAGCGCUCAAGAAAAUAAGCUGCUUUUUACCAAAGAAAUUUUGACAGUUGUUCCAAAGCCUUUCGCCAUCUACCCUCAAAUUUGGUAACUACCAAUGUCAAAGCUACGAGCAAGUCUAAGGCGCCAAAAGGAAGAAAAAAAAGUUUGUUUUGUUUUUUCAAGUCAGCGUCGUUUUUUUUUUGGAAUCUUCCCGACGGAUAACAUGUCGUUGUUACGGUAAGUAAUUGCUAUAAUUAAUUAGUUUUUUUCUAUUACUAAUUCGAAUAUUUAGCAAUUUUCGUUUCAUUAUCAACUUGGUUAUUGCUGCCUCGAGCGUCGUUCUUUUGAAAAAAAGAAACCAGCGAAAACGAAAGAGGGCAGCGCAUUGGGUUCACCCGUAUCUCGCUGAAAGGAAGAGUAAAGGCAGAUAUGCUACCGACUUUGACGAUAUGGUAAGCGGAGAGAAGUUCUUUAAAGAAAAUUUCCAUAUGUCGAAAAACAGUUUCGAUCAACUUUUCAAAUUGGUUGAAAAAGACUUAGCACCAAAGAGAAACACGAGACCGAAAGAUGGAAUUCCUCCAAAGCUCAAGUUGGGUUUGGUGAUAGAGUAUCUGGCAUCUGGUGGUCUACAGAGGCAUUUGGCGUCGUGCUACAGAGUUAGCAAACAGCACAUGGGGUCAAUCAUUGAUCAAGUUUGUGAUGCUAUUUGUCGUGCCCUGAGUGCUUAUGUCGCAGAUCCAUGCCAAGAAUCAUUUUUGGAUGUAGCCAAUGGUUUUAAUUCCCGUUGGAAUUUCCCAAACUGUAUUGGUGCCAUCGAUGGAAAACAUGUGUCCAUAAAAGCUCCCCCAAAUGCUGGCAGCAUUUUUUAUAACUACAAAGGUUUUCAUUCGUUGGCGCUAAUGGCUAUUUGCGAUGCUUCUUAUCGAUUCACCUACCUGGAUGUAGGUGCUUAUGGAAGCGAAGGAGACUGCAAUAUUUUCAAAGAAUCCAAAUUCGGAACUGAUGUGCUGCACGAUCGACUUGAUUUUCCAGAAAACGCCACGGUCAAUGGUGUUAAAUUACCAUUCUUCUAUGUAGCCGACGAUGCCUUUCCUUUAUGUAAAAGGAUCAUCAAACCGUAUAGUAAGAAAAACCUAUCAGCAGAGGAGCGCAUUUUUAAUUAUCGCUUAAGUAGAGCAAGGCGUUGUAUUGAAAACGCAUUUGGACUCUUGUGCUCAAAAUGGGCAUGUCUGAAAAAGACUUUAUACUGCAGUCCCGAUCGUGCACAGAAAAUCAUUUCUGCAUGCUGCCAGUGUUGGGAAACUCGUGAGUACUCACUGAAAACUGCAAACUCACUCGCGAGUAUGAGUUGUACAGCUUGAACUCUCGCGUGAGUAUACUCAGUCGUGAGUUUCAGUUGUACAGCUCAUACUCGUGAGUGAGUUUUCGACUAACAUUUACUCACUCGUGAGUAAUUUUACUCACUUAAAAUAUUGUAAAUAUUCUAAAAGCUUGCGAAUGGCUCAAUUAAAUAAUAAUUAAUAAGUAAGGCUAUUCUUGGGGUGACCUUAUCCAAAUGAUAACAUGAAAAUUUUAUUCUGAAAACUAUUUGAUGCACGCAAAACGUUAUUAUAAUAUGAAUUUUUAACACAAGCUGUAAUUUAUGUUUGGUGUUUCGCUGCGCAUGUUGCAUCGUAAAUGCUCUUUUCUUCUGACGUUACACCUCUACUGGGCCCGAUUCUGCUUUUUAGCUUAAUUUACUUAUGAUAUGAGCAUUUCCACAUUUAUCAACUAUGAGCUUUAUUUAUUUGCCAAUUGACUAUUAUUUUUAUUCUCUACUUUACGAUAUGCAGCAAUACUGCAAUAAUAAAAACCUGAAACAGAGACUCGACAAAACGUAUCUGAGUUUCGUGCCAAAACUAAUAAGCCGCUGAUUGGUCUGCCAAACAGCGUUGCCAGCAAUAUUUUGUGCGACAACUUCAGCACCCGCUUUUCAAUUUUCAUUUUUUUCCGGUUCUCUGACAACACAUAGAUCAUAAAAGAGUACCACAAAUCUAACAAUAAGUCAGGUGCCACAUGUCUUAGAUAGAAUCAAACAAAAGAAGUUAAAAAAAAUCAGAAAAUUAUUUUUAAUUUAUUUUUUAUUCAUUAUGGGACUAGAUUAAACGUUUAAAAUGAUACAUUCUUAAAUGUCUGUUCCUUAAACAGCGCUAUUAAAAAUUCUAUAUUGAAAAAUUAUGCAAAAUUGCUAUUACCACAUAACAGUGAUGACCAAACAAUAAUCAGAGGCCCGUAUAAUGGUUUAAUGAGGAUAAACUUAUCAUUCAGUAUCUAUAUAGAAACCAAGCAAAAUAUAAUAAAUUCCGAACAUUUUUCUGAUCAGAAAUCUUUAUUCGGCAACGUUCCAUACAAGUUUUCUAGAACAAACUUGCAAAUUACAUAAGGUUUGCUGAAAAUAUUCAAAAGCGAAAUUACAUAUGAAAUGGGCAAGAUGCCAAUCGCAAACCAAAUUUAUGUGAGGUAUCCCGCGGCAAGUGGGUAAAUGGGGUAAGUGAAAAUAAUUUGUAUAUGUUACUGAAUAUAUGUAUUCACGUUUCAAACUUUUGCGUAAACCUUUAAGGCCAUUCAGAGCAUUUUCUAAUCACGUGGGGCAAGUAAAAAGUUUCUCAUUAGAGAUUGACUUUGUGUUUUUUUUUAGGUAGCUAUUAGUAAACAAGGUUCGCAAUUUCAAGAAACACAAUACUCAAAGCGAUAAAAGCUAUUACUAAUCAUGGAACUUCUCUAAAAGAGAUUGCCAGACGAUAUUGAUGUGUCUACUUCGGACAGCCGAUUGAAAGGAAAACGUUGAUUGAAAAGUUGCAAUAUAAGAGAACGCACGGGAAUCUCAUGGAAUGUAUAUAUAAAGCUAGUCGAAAACAUAAAAAUGGGGUAUGGGUCUAUCCACACAAAAAAGAAUCCGAAUACUAUUGAAGGAUUCCGUUCCAAAAAAUAAUUUCUCCCGAAGAGUUAUCUUGUGUCAUAUCCGACUUUCUUAGAAACACCGGUGAAAAUUAUACAGAGCCGAAACUGAACAGAAGAAAAUUGAAUUGACAAGAAUAAAAUUUUCUUUGUUUACAUGUUACUUACCUAAGGAACAAGACGCCUUAACUAAUGUUGAAGUUAAUAGAAAUCGUGAAUAUAACUAAAUUUCAAUUUAUUGUUCAAAAACUUGUAGAGCAAGUGAAAAGUGACAU